AUGUCUGCUGAAGAAGAUCUCAUCGAUUACUCCGACGAGGAGCUACAAACCACAGAUGCUGCAGCUGGCGCAGACGCCAACGGAGGAAAAAAGGGCGACUUAGCUGUGACCGAGGACAACGCCGAUAAGAAAGGCAGUUAUGUUGGUAUUCACGCCACCGGAUUCCGCGAUUUCCUAUUGAAGCCGGAGCUUCUUCGUGCCAUCACCGAUUGCGGAUUCGAACAUCCUUCGGAGGUCCAGCAAAACGCGAUUCCCCAAGCUAUGCUCGGUACCGAUGUCUUGUGCCAGGCCAAGUCUGGUCUUGGUAAAACGGCCGUUUUCGUUCUCACCACACUUCAGCAAGUUGAUCCCGUCGCGGGAGAAACCUCUGUUUUGGUAAUGUGCCACACCCGUGAGCUCGCCUACCAGAUCAAGAACGAGUAUGCUCGUUUCAGCAAGUAUAUGCCGGACGUAAAGACUGGCGUGUUUUACGGCGGAACCCCAAUCCUCAAAGAUGCCGAAAUUCUCAAGAACAAAGAGACACACCCACAUAUCAUCGUCGCUACACCUGGAAGACUAAACGCAUUGGUGCGUGACAAAUACUUGCGACUCGGUAGCUGCAAAGUUUUCGUCCUCGAUGAGUGCGACAAGAUGCUGGAACAGAUCGAUAUGCGCCGUGACGUUCAAGAGAUUUUCAGAGCUACUCCAACACAGAAGCAAGUCAUGAUGUUCAGUGCAACGCUUUCUCAAGAAGUCCGCCCAAUUUGCAAGAAAUUUAUGCAAAAUCCCAUGGAAAUCUAUGUUGAUGACGACACGAAGCUUACUCUCCACGGUCUCGCACAGUACUACAUCAAACUUGACGAGAAGGAGAAGAAUCGAAAACUUAAUGAGCUGCUUGACGAGCUGCAUUUCAAUCAAGUGAUCAUUUUCGUCAAGAGCACUCUUAGAGCCACAGAAUUGGACAAGCUUUUGAGGGAAUGUAAUUUCCCUUCCAUCGCAGUUCACUCAGGCGUUGGUCAAGAGGAGCGCAUCAAGCGCUAUAAGGAAUUCAAGGAAUUCAACAAGCGUAUCUGUGUCGCGACUGAUGUGUUUGGCCGUGGUAUUGAUAUUGAACGUAUCAACGUGGCCAUCAACUACGAUCUACCAGGUGACGCCGAUUCAUACCUUCACCGUGUCGGACGUGCUGGUCGUUUCGGAACCAAGGGUAUCUCCAUUUCUUUUGUCAGCAACGAAGCUGAUCAGGAAGUGCUGAAGGAGAUCGAGAAAAGAUUUGAGGCUUCUGUUCCUGAAUACCCAGAGGGGGGGAUUGACUCCAAUACCUACAUGGCCAACUAA